UUAUCCAGGUAUUUGAGCUGAGGCUCCCCGUGAGGCCUGAUAUCACCCCCCUGGCCUGGGUACUUGUAUACACCACUUUACCCAGCGGGGACGUUAUCGCCAAUUCCGAAGAUUUCAAGAUUGAAAACUGCUUUGCCAAUAAGGUUGACUUGCAUUUCUCUCCGGACGAGGGCCUCCCUGCCUCCGACACUCACCUCCGGGUCGGAGCCUCCCCGGGCUCCCUGUGCGCCGUCCGUGCUGUGGACAAGAGCGUCCUCCUCAUGAAGCCUGAAGCCGAGCUCUCGCCCAGCUCUGUGUAUGAUUUGCUCCCGGUGAAGGAGAUCAGGGGUUAUAAUUACCGGGAUCACCAUUUGGAGGAAGAAGACGAUAACCCUUGUGUGAAACUCGACAACGUCAUUAUAAACGGAUUCAUCUAUGGACCCAUUUCUCCUGACGGUGAAGGGGACGCCUACAAUGUUCUCAAGGCGAUGGGUUUAAAAGGCUUCACCAGCACCAAGGUCCAUAAGCCCAGACCCUGCAUGGAGAGAACGUACGGUGUACCUGAAGCAUAUGGUAUUGCUGAUACCUUAGUUGGUGGCAUGAUGGAAAAUCUCAUUCAUGGCCCAGUGGAGACCAUCCGGAAGUAUUUCCCUGAGACGUGGAUUUGGGAUUUAGUUCAAGUGAAGUCUGUCGGAAGUGCUGAUUUGGCCGUGACCAUCCCUGACACCAUCACAGAAUGGAAAGCCAACGCGUUCUGCACUUCAAGUGACACUGGCUUUGGCCUGUCCCCAACCGUGUCCUUCAGAGCCUUCCAGCCCUUCUUCGUGCAGCUCACCCUGCCCUACUCUGUGGUGCGCGGCGAGGCUUUCACACUAAGGGCCACUGUCUUCAACUACCUGACCCGCUGCAUCAGGGUCAGCAUCUCACUGGCUCCAUCUGAUGACUUCCGGGCUACCCCUGUGGAGAAGGAAGAAGAAUCUUAUUGUCUCUGUGUGAACGGACGGAAAACAGUGUCUUGGGCUGUGACCCCAAAAUCUCUGGGUAAUGUGGAUUUCUCAGUGAGCGCUGAGGCCCUGAAGACAGAUCUGCCCUGCGGGAACGAGGUAGUGGAGACCCUGGACAAAGGGCGGAAGGACACGGUGAUCAAACAGCUGUUAGUGGAGGUAGGUGGGCUGUUUGGUCUCUGUGGUGUAGAGAAGCCAUGAUAACUUACUGCUGUGUAGUGACAACUGAUAUAAUGCUGCAGGUCUUCUUGGUUUUAUAGGGAAGCCAUAAUGACUUAAUAUGAUCUCAGCAAUAACACGUUCUCUAAUGCUGUAAAGGGAAGCAGCGAUAAGUCACUAUAUUAGCCAGUAUAAACUGUAAUACUGCAUAACUUCUUACAGAAAAAUACUGGUAUCUUGUUACACC